AUGAAGGCUCUAAACAAUGGUUCAGGUAUCAGUUCCACUUUUGAUUUUGGUAGUUCAAGCAACAGCAACGUAACACCUCAUUCUGGUACUUACCAAGCUACUACUACCCCUUGUUCAAUGAUCAACAAUGGUACACAAACGAAUCUUAAUUAUGCUAUGAAUGCAUUUAACAAUCCAAUAUCAAUGUGUUCUUCCAGAAGUAAUUUGCCAAGUUCCAUUGAUCCUCUAGUUCCUUCCACAUCAAAAACAACCACCUCUGUUGGACCUAAAUCAUGUAGCAACAAAGGAAAGCAGAAAUCGAAAACCUCAAAUAAACAAGCUAAGGCGCCUGUAAGAAAUGUAAAUAAUCUUCACAAACAAAAAUCUCAAGUUUUAAAUAAUAUUCAGAUUCCCAGAAUAGAUGUGGAGAUUAAUGAUGAUAUGUUGGAUGAUUCAUAUGACAAAAGGAAAGGUCUUUCAUUAGCUUAUAAAGAUCAUGGAGAUCAAAUAUACGAAUGCUCAAAGUGUCAUGCACUGCUUUGGGAAGCAGAAAUGUUAAGGGGUAAUCAGAAUGGCAAGAAAACUGUGUAUAGUUUUUGUUGCAAAGGUGGUGAUGUGGAGCUACCACCAGUUGUGAAACCUCCACCUGUGUUGUACAAUUUGUUUUCGAGCAAGAAUCCGAUUGCCAAUAAUUUCAUGAAACAUAUAAGAGCAUAUAACAUGAUGUUUUCAUUCACAUCUAUGGGAGGUAAAGUAAAUCAAGGUUCUUUAAAAGGAAGAGGACCUUAUGUCUUCAGAUUACAAGGUCAAAAUUAUCACCGAAUGGGUAGUCUGCUACUUGCGCCAGGUGAUCAACCAAAAUUCUCCCAACUUUAUAUAUUUGAUUCUAAAAAUGAGGAGGCGAAUAGAGAAAGAGCUAUUAGGAUGGUAAGAGAUUGUGUUAAAGACAAUGAAUUGCAAAAUGUAAGUCUAAAACUUAUUGCCAACAGAAAUAAAGAUGGUCGAGUUUACAAUUUGCCAACAACUUCUGAAGUUGCUGGAUUAAUAAUCGGUGACAUAGAUUCAGUACGUGAUUCAUGGGACAUUAUUUUGAGAAAGCAGUCUGGUGGUCUUCAAAGGAUAAGUGAAUUGCAUCCUUCAUAUCUAGCUCUUCAAUAUCCACUCCUCUUUCCCUUUGGAGAAGAUGGUUUUCGGCUAGGUAUCAAGCACAGAGGCAUCGCACAAGAUUCACAGAAAAAAAGAACAAAACUUACUAUGAGGGAAUACUUUGUUACACAAUACAAGACAGACCUGGGGAGUACUCAUUGUUACUUCAUGCAUAAUUUGACAACAAAUAUAGAGAAUGGAACCACAGAUGCCGCAUCGACUGGUAAAUGUAUACUACUUCCUUCUUCUUUUACCGGUGGGAGCAGGUACAUGAUGCAAAAGUACUUAGAUGCAAUGGCUAUAUGCAAGUCAGUCGGCUAUCCAGAUUUGUUCAUUACGAUUACAUGUAAUCCCAAUUGGCCCGAGAUUUACCGUUGUUUAGUUGAUAAAAAUCUCACACCCGAAGACAGGCCGGAUAUACUUGCUAGAAUGUUCAAGAUAAAAUUGGAUGAAAUUAUAAAAGACUUUGUGAAAGAGCAGUUCUUUGGUCCCGUACAAGCAGUUAUUUACACAGUGGAGUUUCAAAAAAGAGGCCUUCCUCAUGCUCAUAUUUGUUUGUUCUUAGUGGCCUCAAACAAAUUUCCACGUGCAACUGAUGUAGAUAAAUACAUUAGUGCUGAAAUACCAAACGAAAAAGAAGAUCCAGAAUUGUAUGUGCUUGUCAAGCAAUUCAUGAUGCAUGGACCUUGUAGAGUUGAUAAUCCCGACUGUCCAUGUCUGGUUAAAGGAAAAUGUACAAAGAAUUUCUCUAAGAAAUGGAAGGAUGAAACUGCUGUGGAUUCAGAAGGGUAUCCUGUAUAUAGACGUCGAAAUAAUGGGAAUACCAUUGAAAAAAAUGGUAAGACUCUUGAUAAUGGAAUGGUUGUCCCUUAUAAUGCUACGCUUCUGCGAAGAUACCAGUGCCACAUUAAUGUGGAAUGGUACGUUUCUGCUUCUGAAGCAUGUUGGAUAAUUUUCGGAUUUGAUAUUCAUUACAGACAUCCUCGUGUGGAAAUCUUUCCAUUUCACAAAGCAAAUGAACAAAGCAUAGUUUAUGAUGAUGAAGCACAACUAUGUGAUGCGGUUUCGAAUCCAACAGUCAAACGUUCAAUGUUCCUGGAAUGGAUGAAAUUAAAUGCGGAAGAUAAGUUUGCCAGAACAUUGAAAUAUGUGCAAAUUCCUCAGUUUUAUGCUUGGAUACGUAAGACUAGGAAAUGGCAACGAAGAACUGUGGAAGGACAUGGUUCUAUAGGGAGGAUAUCCUAUGUCCCUCCAUCCCUUGGUGAUGUAUACUAUUUGAGAAUCCUCCUCAAUCAUGUUGUUGGACCUCAAUCAUUUGAUGCACUCCUUACUGUCAAUGGACGUAAAUGUAAAAGUUACAAAGAAGCAUGUUUCAAGUUGGGCCUUCUAGAUGAUGACAAAGAAUAUGUUAAUGCAAUUUUGGAAGCAUCUCAUUGGGCAAGUGCAUCGUAUCUCAGGACUUUCUUUGUCCAAUUACUACUUUCAUCCUCUGUAGCCCGACCAGAUGAUUUGUGGAAGAAAACAUGCAAAGUUCUAAGUGAAGAUAUCUUACACAUGUAA